GGAAAUACAAGAAAUGUGGUAAAAAAAGAAGAAAAAGUUUGUUUUUAAAUCCGCGUUUCAAAACUAAAAUUUCACCUGGAGACGGAGACAGCUGUCUUGCAAGUUCGGCGACUUCGGGCAGGGUGCUGUCCUGUGGGAUGGAUGACGCCCAAGAGCAGGACCAUUACGAGGAGCGCUUGAAAGAAGUUUUUAACAGUUUCGACACCAGCAGCUCUGGUUCUCUCAAUCCAGAAGAACUCACUGAGCUCUGCCAGUCUCUGCACCUGGAUGAUGCCACGCCGGCCCUGCUCCACGCUCUGCUCCAGAAGCAGGACCAGCUCACCGCCAGGGUUGAUUUUGAGCAGUUCAAGGAUGCACUGAUUCUGGUUUUGUCAUCAAGCAUCGAGCCACCUCAAGCCGAACAGGAGACCUUGCCUAAACCAGAUUCUCCUGAAAUCCAACCAAAGUUUGUGAAGGGCAGUAAACGGUAUGGCCGCCGCUCAACACCGGAGUUCAUAGAGCCUAUUUCUGACUUUUCCGAAGUUACGAACGCAAACCUCGCGGAGGGGGAGGAUCUGGAGGAUAACUAUGACUCGGCUGUUCCUAGGAAGCGUGAGCGCUGGAACGUUCAUGAAACAAGCUCAGAGGAGUACGAGGCGGAAGGCCAGAUGCAUCUCUGGAACCCCGAUGAGCCGAGCACCCCCCGGGGAUCCAUCGCUCCACUGUCAAGCCGCUUAGAGGAGAGGCUGCAGGAAGCCUGUGAGGAUUUGGCGAUAUCGUGGGACGGAUUUGCCGGUCACUCCGAACUGCUCACUCUAUGUGAAUACCUGGGAUUGGAGAUAAAUGGGGAGAUGCUCCAGAGUCUAACCGGUGACGGAGUGACGAAUGUUCAAGAGUUUGUUUCCAGGAUUGUAAACCACAACAAACCCCCCACACCAUCCGCCUCCACACCUUACAGACAGCUCAAACGACACCACUCCACUCAGCCAUUCGAUGAAGGAGGCCGUAGAAUAGCUACCCCGUCUGCCCUGACCGGCACCAUCGGAAUGCGUCUGUUCUCCACCCUUGAUGACGGUACCGGUUACACCCCUGUCGAAUACAUCUUGGAUGCCUGGAUGGAAGAGGGAAUUGAAAACAGCACUGAGAUCUUAGAGGCUUUGAAUUUCAGCCUCGAUGGAAAACUGAGUCUUGGUGAUCUCACCAUGGCACUUGAAAACGAGCUACUUGUUACUAAGAAUGGGAUUCACCAAGCGGCACUGGCGAGCUUCAAAGCUGAGAUCAGAUAUCUCCUAGAGCGCGUCGACCGAGAACUCAGGGAGAAAGAGAAAAUUCGAUCUGACCUGGAAAAAGCGGAGAAACUGAAAACACAGCUUGCCACCGAGGUGGAUGAGCAUCACUCUGCAAUCGAGAACACAAAUAACCUUAAUCUCAGGAAGCUCGAACAAGACCACAGAGAGAAACUAUCAGUAGUGCGAUCAGAGCUGAUGAAAGAAAUGGACCAAAUCCAGCAGCAGGCAGGCCUGCAGCGGGAGGAGCUGGAGGCAGAGAUCGAGAAGAUCAGGGAGGAUGAGUCUUUUCUCCGAGACCAUCUCUCCAUCUCUGUGAAGGAAAACCGACGUCUUGAGAUGGAGUUGCUGGACAACACCGAAAAACUAGUCGGCGCACAAAGCCAAAUUACAAAACUCCAGACGAACAUUGACAGCAUUAUGAAAGAAAAGUUUGGUGAUUUGGACCCCAGCAGUGCAGACUUCCUUCUCCAGGAGGAACGUAUUAAACAACUACGGAGCGGCUAUGAAGCACAGUACAGGGAACUGCAGGAUCGUAUUGAUGAGCUGCAGUCAGAGUUGCAGGAGUUUCACAGUCUUGGUCGAACUCAGUCCUGCCACAAAACUUUGUCUGAAGAGCUGGAGAGUAAAAGCCCCGGCAUGGAGUCUGACCCUGGCCUCGGUUCAGAGGAGGUUCAGCCUUUUAGCAUGAGUCUCGAUGCAGAGAUGAUGCUGGAGCAACUAAAAGAGCAACAUCUUCAUGAAAUGGAGGAAUUGCGAAACCAGCUUGAAAGAAAGAUCAGUGAAUUCGAUGAGAUGGUCGAUAAGCAGAGGGUGACCCACGAGGAACAGAAGGCUAACUUUGCCCUCCAGUACCAGCUGGAGGUCGAGGCUUUGAGGGAGGAGAUGGCCGGCAUUCAGAGCCACGAACAGGAGCUCCAGAGCCAGCUAGAGCAGGCGGAGCUGGAGCGGACCUGUCUGGAGCAGAAGCAGGCCGAGGAGAGGGAAGAGCUCGAGAAGUUGAAGGAGGAGGAAGUGGGAGCCCUCAAACAACAGCUGGAAGAGGCCCAAAGCCAUGCUGUAGAGCUGGAGGAGCAGCUGAAGGCCCUCGAAGACCAGCAGGCUUCAACGAAUGACAACCAGGUCACUAAGAUGGAGGAGCUGAGAAACCAACAUGCCGUUCAGAUUAAGACACUGGAGGAGAAUGUGGAGCUGUUUGAAGCCAGACUGGAAGAGGAGAGACAGAAACUGCAGGAAGAAAAGGAUGAGUUAGAAAAGAGAUUGUUAGAUGAUUUUGAAAGCGAGAAGGGACUGUUAAAACAAAGCCAUGAGGAUGAACUGAAUGUCAGACUAGAGGAGGAAAAGCACAGGUUUGAGGAAGAGCGUGAUGAGAUUGUGCAAAGAAUGACAGAGGAGUGGCAGAAAGAGAAGAGUCAGCUGGAUGAGCAGAAUAACGAGACUCUGCAGGUGUUGCUGGAGGAGGAGAUGUUGAGACUUGUCAAGGAGCAGGAAGAGAAGGAGAGCGAGCUCAGAGAGCAGUGGGAGAGUGAACGAGCUCAGCUUCAGUACAGUCAGGAGGAGGCUCUGCUCGACAGAGUCCUCCAGGAAAGGUUGCAGUUACAAGAGGAGUACGAGCAGAGGGAAAAGAAGCUGAAGGAGGAGUGGGAGAGGCAGAGGUUGCAGCUGGAGGAGGAUUAUGAGGGGAUGCUACAGGAGAGGCUAAAUGAAGAUAGAGAGAAGCUUGAGGCUGAGAAAGAGGAGGUGGAGAGGAGAGUAGCAUGCUUGAUAGAGGAGGAGAAAGCUCGCCUUGAAGAGAGCCAUCAACAGGCCAUGCAGGAGCUGACCACCAAACACACCGAGGAGAGGAACCACCUCAGCAGCAUGUUGGACAAACUACGAGAUGACUUCAGUCAGGAGAGGAAGGAGAUCGAGGUCAGCUUCUCCCAAAGAAUCAAAGAAGUGGAAGAACGUUUCUCAGGUGAUCAAGAAUGUGUUGCACAGCGUUUUCAGGCUGAUGUUUUGAAACUGGAGCAGCACUACCAAAGUGAGCUGAAGGCGAUUUCUGAAAGCCACGUCGAGCAGAAGCUCCACUGGGAGGCGGAGAUGCAGAAGGCCGUUGAAAACGCUGAAGAACAAAGAAAAAUGAUGGAGGAGGGCUUGGAGCAAGAAAAAGAGAGCCUGAAUCAGGAGUGGACCAAAGAACGACUUGAGCUGGAAAGUGUUCACAAGGAGGAACUGGAAGCACUGGUGACGAAGAACCAGCAGCUGCAGAAUGAACUGGAUAACUUAAUAAGCAUGGCCCAGACUAAAGAAAUAGAGCUCAGUAAGCAGCUAAAUGAUCUCCAUAACCGACUUCAGGACAGCCUGCACACCAAAGAGGAGCUUAUGGCUCAGUCUGAUCAGAAAGCAGUGGAGGUCGAACUUCUGCUUAAUCAAACUGUGGAAGAUUUUAAAGCGGAGAGAGCCGAACUUCUGAGCACCCAGUCAGAACUUGAAGGAAAAUACGACGAGAUGCUUACAAUUUCUGAGAAGCAGGCAAGAGAGAAGAUCGAGCUAUUAACUGAGCGCGAUGACUUUAAGAUGAAGAUCGAAGAGCUGGAGAUGCUUCUCAAACAGGCAGCAGUGGACUUUGAUCUGGAGAGGAAGGAGCUGCUGGAACUUAUAUCCAGUCUUGAGGAAAAGUUAAAGGAUAAUCUUGAGAAUGCAGAAAAGACAGAAGCAGUUGAAUCAAAUGAGACGGAGGAGGAGCUAAACACUGGGGAAGAACAGGAAACAUGUUCAGCACCCUCUGAAAUCUGUCUUGAUGAUGUUACUCUUGCCGAUUCCAAUCAGGAAGUAGUUUGUUUGUCACAAGAUGAAUUAAUUCUGGUUGAAGAAGAUGUUAAAGUAGAGAUAAUGGAGACUCCUGAUGCAGUGGAUGAAUGUCCUGAAAAUAUCCAAAAUGCUACUAGUGGUGAUGAUAAAGACAACAUCCCAGAAAUAAAGAUAGAGGACACUGAGUACCAAGAACAGGCUGAUGAAAUUAUCAUGCAAGAUCAGAUGACUGUAAACAAUGAGUCACAACCUGAAAGUGUAAAUAAUGAGGAGGCAACAGCUGGUGAGAAUAGCGUUGCUUUUGAAUCAUGUGAAGAGGAGAACAAACCUCAAGAUGUACCAGCUUUGGACUCUGAAAGCCCUUCCCGUGAAGACGAGCUGUGUCAUGAGACUGUGGUUGAUCUCUCAGCGCUGGGAGAGACAGGUGACCCAUAUGAACUGUCUCCAGAGGAAGCCGAGGAUGUCUCUCAUGAACUGGGACGUGAAAUUGAACUUGAUUAUUUAACCGCCGAACUGAAGGAUGAGCCCGCUGACUGCACACAUGAUUGCCUGGAACUGCUGGAUGAAGUUAUUGAUGAGUGUGAGCAGCAGGAUUUUCCUCUCUUGAAACUACAGGCUUUGUAUAACACCUCUGCAGAGGAGAAUAUCCUCCUAAAUGAGAAGAUCUCUUUGCUUCAGCAGAAAGCUGAAAUUCUAGAAAAUCUUUUGGCUCACAACAAUGAAAAGAUCAAAACUGGUCACCAGGUGUUGGAGGAGAACUACAGCCUCAAAGUCAAAAUGCUUCUAUUAAUGGAGCACAUCAAAGCGCAGGAGCUAAAGGCCUUAAAAAUGACGGAUCUUCAGAUUAGAUAUGAAGAUUGCAUGUGUGAAAACGCCAAACUAAAGGAUCAAAACGGCGAACUCGAAAAGAGGGUUUGGAGCCUCGAAAGCAGGAUGACCAUUAUCCACGAUUACCAAGAUCAGCAGAUUGCACUCGUGGAUGAGAUCAGCAGGAUGCGAGAAGAGAACAGUAAGCUGUCGGAGUUGUUCGGUGACUUGGAGAGGCAGGAAGACUCGCCUUCAGCCGUGCGCACAGACGCCGAAUCCCCAGAGAGCCCCUCAGAGGAGGCUUUCCUGGAUCUGAACAGCCAGGCGGUGUCCGGCCUGCAGGACUGCUGCGUGGAGUUUGAGAUGCAGAACACCAAACUCCGCAAAGCCAUCACAGAGCUGCAGGACAAGUCGCUGACGUUAAAUGAAACGACACAGGUCCAUAGAUCGGAGGCCAGUCGUCUCGCUGAAGAAAACCUCGUCCUCAGGAAAAAGAUUGCUGUGUUGAAGGAAGAGGAAUUGAAAGAGUCCAAGGAAGAGAUGCUGCAGACUUUGGAGCACUUUAAAAAGGAGAAGAUUUCGGCUAAGAAGACAGCAGAAAUUUUCAAGAAACAGGUUGUAGAGCUGCGUUCACAGAGCCAGCAGCUGGAGGAUGAGAAAGAGAUGCUGUCGGACAAAAAUGCAGAAAAUAUUGCCGAUAUGGAGAAGCUAAAACACCAGCUGGCGGAGCUGAUAAAGGAGAAUGAAAGGAAGGAGGUGUUUUCCGCUGACGAGAAAAACAAGUUGGCAGCUUGUGUGUCUGCUCUGGAGGCAGAAUUGACCAAAGCUCUGGAGGACUCUGCACAGCUGGAGGAGAGGAAUACCCAGCUGUCACAAGAGCUCUCUGACCUAAGAGAGAAGGUGCUCAAAGCUGACUCAAUGGAGAAUCAGCUCAGCCAUCUGUUAGAUGAGAGAAACAGUGUCGGGAAAGAGACUCAGGGCCUCCGCAAGCAGCUAGCCAAAGCUCAGGAGAGGGUAAGAGUCGGCCCGGCUCAAAGUUCUCGUUUUAAGUCAGACGUCCGUGUUCUGCAGCAGGAGAGGGAUUCCCUCAAACAUGAUGUUACACUGCUGCACAAACAGCUGCAGAAUGCUAAUGAUAAAAACCAGGUUUUGGAGAUGGCGUUGCACUCGAGCGGUCUCCAGAGUCAGACCAAGAGGCUGUUCAGUGAUGAGAUGUCUCAGCUGAAGGAACACGAGCAGCAAAUGCUGAGGCAGGAAAACGACAGGCUUCAGGCAGAAGUGCAGCACAUCAAAGGAGACCUCGUGCAGUCCAGAGAAAAGAUGCGACAGCUGGAUGCCACCAUCCUGUCCCUGAAGCAGCACAAACACACUCAGUCCUCGCUGGUGAAGGUCUUGGAACAGGAAAACGCCUCUCUGAAGCAGGAACUGGAAGCACAGAAGGAACGGACCAAGGGUUGUGAAGCUGGUGAAGGACACACAGACCUGGAGAGCCUGCAGCAGGAAAAUGAGGUGCUCAAAGCCCAACUGGCUCGACUGUCUACUCAGCUUCUAGAGACAUUUCAGGCUCAGUUGGUUGGUCUUCUGCCUCCGUCGCCUCACAGGAUCCCCAGAGGACAACAUCGUGGUGAAGACGCAGACAACGUGCAGGAUGACAGGGAGAGGAAGAUGAAGAAUAUGGAGGAGCGAAUGAGGGAAAUUGAACUGUCGCUGCAUAACGUCAAGCUGCUGCUCAAAGAGAAGGUUGCUCAGCUGAACGAUCAGCGUCACAAGAACGGCAAAGCAGACGUGCUGAUCAAAGACCUGUACCUGGAUAACGCUCAGCUGCUGGAGGCUCUGAAGAUAUCCGAGCAGCGGAAGAAAAUAGCAGAGAAGAAGAACUACCUACUGGAGGAGAAGAUCUCCAGCCUGAACAAGAUAGUGCGCGACCUAAACCCGGCGCCCCUUCCAUCGCUAUCUUACAACUUUAAAUGCUCGUAAUGCAUCGCCCAAAAAUUCAGGGCCAAAGUCCACCAUCGACUUUAUUCUUGCAACUAAUCCAGCCAAAUGCACACAAAAAACAUGGUUUUCGGCUGGCAUGUUAGGCUUAAAUUUAUUGAGCUGCACACGCAUUAUUUUUUAUUCAUUCAUUUUUAUUCUAAGCAAUAAUUAGCUCAUGUUGUGUUGGACCUACAAGGACCCAAAUGUGAAGUUAUUGUAAAGACAAUGUGCUAUUUUACUGUAAGUUAAAAACAUUUUAAGUAUUUUUAAAAGCAGUUACUUGUAAGUGAGUAAAUAUUUUACCAUGACACUAUAUUUCUCUUUCCAGAGAAGAAAGCACUACUACUGCUUGUAAAACUGACACUGAAGUGCACUUUUUAUAUAAGUGUUCUUUUGUCUACGUUGUCAAAGAGAUUAGUUGUGUUAAUCUGUCAGUCACUUCCUUUCUCGAGCCCUUAUGUAAACCCGUCUGUCAGUGGUUAUUCAUGUAAACAGAAAAGGCAAAUAAUCUGGUGACCUUUUCUGAGGUAUUUGCUUUAAUGUGACAAACUGUACCUUAAGUUACACUUUAUAUGUCUCUGAAGAGGCAAUACUUUCUAUUUAAAUACAUUCGAGUAAAAUCUAUGAUCUGUUGCAAUAUUUAAAGUGUCAAUAUGUAAAGCUGCAUUUGCCAUCAUGAAUGUCUUUGAUUCAAAUGAAAGAUUUUGUAUUUGUAUUUUGCUGCAAAGAAAGCACUAAAGUUGA